AUGGAUAUGUGUAUCUCUUCAUCGCCGCAUUGCCCUUGGAAACAACUUGGAGUGAAACUCCUGAUAGUUUUCACAUUAUCAACUUUGGGAACAGAUAAUUCUUAUGGUAAGGGGAUCAAGUUAUAUAGUAGAAAUUCGAGUGAGUGCUAGAUAUAGGAAGUAAACAAUGAUUGUUAUAAGUCAGCUUUAAUUUUAACAUACGCAUUUCAGUUUAUAUAGACGAAAACACCUGCCGUCUGUAACCUUCGCGCAUAAGUUUAUGUAGUGUUAAAAUUCUUGGGCGCAUUUUCAUCAGAAAUCCUAAAUUAAAGCUGACAUGACGUUGAUUUAAACCUAUAUUAACUUAUUGGCGUACCACGUCUGUAUAUAGUGCGGCAAAACCGAUAAUCGGAGAUCGGCAUCGUAUAGAUUUUGUGUAAUGAUUUAAGUCAGAACAAGAGCCAUUAUUAAAACGCUUUCGAUAGGCGAGCCUGGUUAAUUCUAGCCACUUUGCAGUAUUGGAUUAUAGGGCCCAUAUACAUUUGAGCGUUAGCUGGAAACAAACGUUUAUCAAAAAAAUUUGACGACGUAUUUUAAAUGUAUAUUGACUACUUUCACAGGUAAUUAAUUGUAUAUCAUAUAUUAAUAUUUUCACUGCUUGUUAACAAGGAUGGACAAAGUUUUUCAGUCCUGCUAUCUUUGGUUUCUCUCGAUCUAAAAUUGUUAUCAUCUCGACUAUAACCGAAUAGAACUAUAUAAUCGUUCAUCCCGGCGAAUUAAAUAAAGUAUUUUAAAGAAACAUAUGGAAGAUAAAAAAUAUUCGCCAACACUGAGAAUACAUUUGUGCAAAUAACCUUCUGUUCUGGUCGUUCUUAUAAUCGCGUGUUCCAUUUCUUCAAUUCGGAAGUAAGAUCUUUUUGGAAAACGAUUAUAUCAUCUCUUAAUUCCUUUCUUAGGCUGUUAGCGCGCUUCACUCAAACAUUUUAUAUUAAGCUCUACAGAUUAACAAAAUCAAAAGGUUCGACGAGUAUUCCAAGUAUACCUUUUAAUCUAAACAGAAUGCAUGAUAGUGUUGGGAAAGCAUUACGAACAGCUAACAAAGUUACGCGUGACUGCCAACUGAAGUAUAGGUAUAACGCUCAUCCACCCUCGUCAGAUCUGGGCUUUGUUUUUCCAUUGAAUAUGGGUUGGAGAGUAUACGUGGCACAAAACAAUGUAUAAGGAACUUCUUAUUAUGCAUUCAAAUGUUUUCGUUGAAAGAUUUAACCACUAGCUUGAAUGAAUAUAGCUGGAAAACGUUCGCGUGCAUGCACGAACGCCCAGACGAAGAAAAGGGUAAUAUUCGACUAUAACAGGCGAAUUAGUUCACAGGGAGAAGCGAAUAUACCGGAUGACGACUCUGUUAUUAACCAUUGCAUGCAUGGCCAUGGGUGUUAAACCUUUACUCUGAGUUAAAGUUAAUAGCCUUUCAGAGUUGUAGACUCGAGUCGUGUGACUUGGACUCGAGUCGGACUCGAGUCGCAAUUUUUGUGACUUGUGACUUGACUUAAGCUUGUUAAAGAGACUGAUGACUUGUGACUUGACUUGGACUUGCAAGAAAUGACUUGUUACCAACGCAAGUCAAACGUAAAUAUCUAGUGAAAAUCAAGUUUUCCAAAAUCUUUGUGUUGAUCGAUCGAUCGUCGUGUUGUACAAUUUGGGCAACGACCUUAGUAUAUAUCAAUGGCAUCGACAUAAUUUGUGCCGGCGUAUUUUCUGACAAAGCGGUUUUUUUCGCGAUUUCGUGGUAAAAUUUCUGACAUAAAAUAACGACGCCAUAUUUACAUAUUUUGCCGUUUUGCGUGGGAAAACAUGGCCACAUGUGGCGAUAAAAUGACUUUUGACUUGAAUUGACUUGCCACUCGGAAUGACUUGUGACUUGACUUGGAUUUAGACAAAAUGACUUGUGACUUGACUUGAACUCAGACCAAAUGACUUUAUAACAAACGUACUUGCAGGGAGGUGCGUCCAAUCCCGGACUCACCGAACCUGCAAGUACGUUUGGUUUUUAUCCCAUACACCGAGCCAUACACAGAUUUGUAGGUCUUCGCGAUAUACUCGUCGAUGUUUUGUGAACAUUUUCCCGGCCAAAAAAAUCACUGGGCAAGAAAAUACUUCUUUAUCUACGUCUACAUUACCUUUACUGCAUUUUUUCUUUGGUUUUUCUUCAGUCUCAGUAUGUUAGUCACCGAAAAAAGUUCUUUAAAUUUAGGUUUAUCGGCUAAAUCUUGUCCGCCAUAUUUGUUAUUGUUAUUGCAACGUAAGCAGUUUAGCGGGUGAGUUCGGGCGAAAAGCACGUGAGUUCGGCAAAAAGCAGGUGAGCUCGACGACAAGCUCACCUGCUCUAAACCAAUCAGAAAGCCGCUUUUAACACAGGUAUGGGAUAAGUGACUUGACUUGGACGUGCAGGAAAUGACUUGUGACUUGACUUGGACUUGCAACAUAGGACUCGUUGACAACUCUGUAGCCUUUUGAGGAUGAGCAUGGAUAUGAGCACUUGCAUGCAUACAUGCAUGUACAUUAAGAACUAAGGGCUAAUAUCUCACUGACGAUUAGUGAUUGAAUGGCCUUUUAUGUGCAUAGAUAUACUCAUAUACGGCAGAUCACCGUGGAAAGAGUUCAAUAGACAAUAUAAACUCGGUUACUCUAACGAUUUGUGCCAGCGUAGGUAGGCCAGUAUACAUGCACGCCAUAAUUAUAGUGCUUCCCGUGAUGAAAUCAGUCAUAUAUUUAUCAUAUGUUGGGAAACGUGAUGAUUUAUUAGGGAACAACUGAUUCCGUUUUCAAGCAAUGUUUGAUGGCUUCAGUGAGUAACGGGGAAACAUUCUAAAAAAAUAUAUAAAUUUGAAACGAUUGCUUUAAUUAUUAUAACUAUAAGGAGUGACGAGGCCACAAUCAAACUUGGAAUUCUGCAUUAGAAGUUAAAAAUAUACUAUUUAAAAUCACAUUUAUCACAUGCACAAUAUAUGUAUAUGUGUACAGGAGGAAAAAAAUAGCAUGGCGAAAAAAAUAUACCCAAUGUUGAUUAAAAUUGCUCGACGCAUGAUACAAUGUUUUUUGCUUAUAUAACCUGCCCCAAAAUUUGUGUUGACUGGGGUGGGGGAGUUUUUUUGCAAACAUUUAUUAAUAAGACAUUUUGCAAUUGACUGAAAACUUUUCUUCCUAUUUAUGCGACGUUUUAAUCGUUUGGCUUAUUGUUAAGUAGAAUUUCACAAUUUUUAAGUGCAAUAUGCCCGAUCUAUAAGUAUAAUCUGCCCGAUUUUUAAUUUCUUGACCAAAAAGAUUUUUUCCACUCUCGUCGCCUAUAUGAUUUAGCAUCUUCCUCGGUUAAUGUCUGCAUGCAAUGAUUCGGCAGACAUGUAAAAUAAUUAUGAUAUAGGCUACAGACGUAAUGAUACCGGAUAAACAUUGUUUGUCAUGAGAGCUUUUGGCAAAAUAAGCAUAUUCGGCUCAGAUGGAGACCAUCAGAAUUACGAUCUGGUUGUCAAGAACACCAAAUCGUGGCGUCUUCCUAAUUUUCUAUAGAAACAGACAUUACAACUUUGCAAGAAACCUCGUCUUCAGGCUAUUGCAUGCAUGCUUGUGGGCAUUAUAUUUAACUUUAAUCGAAAAUGGCCUGUUAGUUGGUUUCGGCGUCAAAAUGAUAUUUUUAUAUUUAUUUUCUUUCAGGCAUGGCAAUAGCUGCUCCAGAAAACAACAUUGAAAAAUUAAUAACGAAUACAAGUGGGCUGGUAGGUCCUAAUACUUUGCGCUGGCGACUUUAAUGUAUAUAUUGAAAUUUGCCUGAUACCUUGUCACUAUAUAUAGGUUUAUCUAAUUAUCUUCUAUUUUAGACACCUCAGGAAGAAACUUUUCUUGUUGAUACGAUCGAGGGAAUAAUUUCUGACACAAAGAAGGUAAGAGAGGCGUUUCUCUGGUUAUAAUUAUAUUCCCGUCGCUGGAAUAGUAACGAAACAUGCAUGCAGUGGCUAUUUUUUUGAAUUAUUUAUUUGGCUUGCGAAUCAUACAUUGACAACAUUAAACAGUGUUAAAGAAGAAGAAUAGCUUUUAAAGAAACAAAUAAGAACUCUUUAUGAUAAGAAUUCCAUUUUUAAGAAUUCGCUUCCAAUACACUCUGGUAUAAUCCUAAUUGUUCUUGUUCCACAAUUUCUUAAUGAACAAAAUAGACAAAGGAAUAUUUUUUCGGUUCCAUCCUUCUAAUAAAAGUUUCAGUACUGUCCGGUUAACGUACGGCAAAAUUUUAUCGGAUGUCUAUAUUUUACCGGAUAGCGGUAUCCGGUUACGGCAAACCCAAUAUAGCUAGUCUUUUCAUAAUUAAAAUUUUUUUUGUCUAACAACUGCAAAAAUUAGAUAAUUAAGCUGAAAAUUGUAACUUAUUUAAACUGGCAUGUUUCCUCCAACUUUAAUUACUUAAUGAAUAUCAUUGAUUGGUACUCCAUAAUUUGAGAAUUGUGGAUAAUGAGAGAGAUACAAUAUGUUACAUGAAAAAUUGACAAGCAGAACUUCGAGCAAAGACGUUUAUAUCGUCGCCAUACUUACACUGGCGCGCAGGAUGUUUGUGCUGUUGUAUAGUUAUUUGUUAAUUGUGUAUUAAUUUUCUUUCAGACGUGGUAUCCAAACUCAUUUUCUCCUUCUGAGGAUAAUUCGUACUCAGAUGCCUCAGACGGACAGCGAGUGGUGCAACUACAAUCUCUGGCUAAUACUGGCAUGAAAGUGAUAGAUAGGAUUGAUGAACGUCUCAAGAAAAUCGAAGAAGAGAAACGAAUGAAAUUGGGAAGAUGGGGAUUCCUUGAAGAUAUGGACGAUACUCCGUAUAGGAUUUCUACAAACAGCCAUGAUUUAGGUAAAAUUCAACUGAACGCGCUCCAAUGAAUUUUGAACAAUUGUGAUUUUUCGCAUACUUUGAGGAAUAAACUGUGCCGCAGACUCGCAAUUUAAUUUUUUUUUAAGAAAUUCGCUUUUUUGGCAGACACAAUUUAACUGUCUGCACAUGACACAUGUGCACCCCGCUAUAGGCCGUUUUCCACUAGGCCGAAUUUUCCGCGCGGAGCGGAAUUUCUUUUUGUCUUUUCUAAUUAGUUGCACCCGAGAAAUCACAAGACAAAGAAAAAUUCCACUGGAACUAAUCGCCGGAAAAGACAAAGAGAAAUUCCGCUCCGCGCGCAUAAUUCCGCCUAGUGGAAAACGCUAUACAGUAUACAGUACUGUACAGUAAAUACCGCCAACAGUAUUAAUAGAGGUGUCUGAAAUUCAGACUCACCUAUAUCUUGUAUCCGAAUAUAAGGGUGUCUGAAUUUCAGAUACCCCUAUAUUAACAGCACUUGCCCUGAUUAGAGUGAGUUAGGAUCCCCAGAGGGGGUUAGGUUUGUUGUAAAGAUAAAUAGUCUAGGCUAGGUAAGUAAUUAGGUAAGCGACUAAUACUUGAUGAAAAGCGCAUUUGAUCAUAAUUAUCCACAUGCAUGUAAAUUUGCGCUAUAGAAAGUCUGCUCAAUCGUAAUCGUAAUUUUUGGUGUAAGAAGAAUACUUGACACAAGAUUUACAUGUAUCACAAUUGGCGUUUUGUAUGAAGGCAUACAGCUAUUUCAAUUACGGUUGUCCCCGAGCAAAGCGGAAAAGUCGAAUACGAGCGCGAAAGGCUACUGGGAAUCGCUAAAAAAUUCAUUAAUUAGCGACCCCCAGCAAGCCUUAAUUCGCGCUCGUGGGACAACCUUAAUUGAAAUAGCUGUAUACCAUAUUAUGGCAUAAGCAGAAUCGAGUCAUGGAUCCAUUGGGUGGACUCUUUGUAUUGUCCAUCCAUUGUUUUGGAAAUCCAAUGCACUGUUCAUCUCCAUAUACGUCUCAAUCAUAACUUAUUAUUCGUGCCAAGGGCUUAAUUAGUAAUUACCCGGAUCGGCGUUCAUCUCUUUUCAAAUAUUAAAAUAUCUCUGCAUUGAGAAUUGGUUUUCAAAUAUACGAACCUAAUUAUCAAUACUUCAAUUUUUUUCAUUUCUGCUGCUGUAACUGUGUUUUGCUUUUGUAACAUCCUUCUACACUUUUCAUUACAGUCUUUGAGAUUGAGAAAUACGAUUGCUUGAAGAAUGAAGGGACGUUCCUACCUUCUAAUCCUUCAAAGGAUGUUUCUGGCAGUCUUUGGAUGCAAUAUACCGACAGUGUUUAUGUUCCUUUCAAUUGUCCCAAAAUACCAGACUGUAAGUAAUUAACGGCUUUACAAUUUUACUGAAUUAAAAUAUAGGCCUCAUGCUUUCUCAGGAUAUCUGCAUAUUUCUCUUAUACAGUACAGGGUGUCCCAAAAAAAAGUGAUACUAUAGAAAUUAUCUCAUUGUUCUUAAGCCGCUCUUAAACGCGCGUGAUUACACGCCUGGGAAAAUAAUGAACUUGUAUUUACAUUUAAGCAUUUUAAACGUUUUCGCUUUGUCCAAAUAUUUUAACGCCGAGUCAUGCAAAACGAUUACACUAAUAAACGGUUUGCUUUUUUAUUUUAAAUUCCAGAAGCAGAAGUUUAUGCACCUGUGGUAUCAACUUAGUGCUAGGGCAUUCAAAUUAUAACAAUAGGAUAAUUUCUAUAGUGUCACUUUUUUUGGGACACCCUGUAGAGCGUUUGCACUCAUUCCCCAGGGACCAAAUCAACAAAAGCCAUGGCGGCCAUGUUGGUGUUAAAGAGAAAAGAGUCUAGCUAAUUUAAAUUAUUUUGAAUUGGACACCAACAUGGCGGCUGUGACGUCAUGCGCAAACGCUCUAUAGAUAUAUCAGAAUUAGUGUAAAGUAAUAGACUAAAGGCCCUGUUACAUGGUGCAAUUUUUCAUGCAACUUGUCUCGCAAUGUUUAAAAAAAGAUUUUGAUAAUGCAUUGCAAGAGGUGUUACAUGCUGCAAUGAUUUUCAUGCAACUCGCAACGAUAGGGGACAGAAGCAUGCGAAGAGACUAGGGAGAGGCGCUAUUUGGCGCCAAAUUUUAAUUAAAGUAAAGCGGUACCAGUGAACUCUAUAUAUAGAUAUCUGGAAUGAUAACAGCGAGCGAAAAGUGAAGCCGACAAAAAAAUCACGACAUAAGUAUUCGUCAUUGUCUUCGUCAUCAACUGUUCAAGAACUUUCUUACAGUAUUAAAAAUCACUUACAUAUAAAAUUUGUAAUUGUUUUGAAAGUUUUUAUCACAGUUUUUAUAUCUUUAUUCACUUUUAACCUGAAGAUGGAGUUAUACUCCGAAACGUAGUUAUUAAAAUAAUUUUUUACUAAGCCCAUAUGGUCUAAUUUAUAUUCAAACACACGUACAUAUUCAUUUACAUUUUGCUGGCAGGCAAAUUCCGAUCACACAAUAAAUUUUUUAAAAAAUAACGUACCAGUGUAUUGACUAAAAACUAUAAAACUGGUAAACUAAAAAACAAUUCAAACAAUCGCGAAAAAUGGCAACGGCAAAGUCACAGUUGCAAGUCAAUUUACCUACCUGUGAAAUGAAAUUUUCUCGCAAGAAUAUCUCCUUCCUUGUGCAUCCAGAACGACAGUACGACACAAUAUAUUUGAAAAAGUGAUUCUUUUCUCCACACGGUGAAGUUUUCCUCGACUUUUUUCCGACAGCGAACUCAAUGCAGUAAAUUUUAGGAGAAAAACUGUUUGCUCCUACAAUGUAUUGCAUUGAGUUGGCCAUGUUUUUAAUUUUUUUUUCGUGAUUGCGUUCAAAUUUAUACUGGCCGUGCAACGGUUUGCAAGAGGGGGAAUGAAACUGACGUCCAAUCCGCGUAAACCUGACGUUUGAGGGACUGAGACUGACGUCCAAUCCGCGUGAAAGACUGGUAUCGAGGCUUCAUUUUUUGCGCAAUCAAAUGACUGAAUGUUAUCGUUCCAGAUAUAUAUAUAUAUAGAGUUCACUGAGCGGUACUGGGGAGAGCCAAUAGGAACUCUUCAAGCUAUAAACAUUGCGAGACAAGUUGCACGAAGCCAUGUUACACGCUGCAAUGCAAAAAAUAAUUAAUGUAAUCGUUGCCAGAAGUAGAACCGACUUCUACUCUGUGCAAUGCUUCAUGCAACUUGUCUCGCAAAGAUUUUGACUAUUGCAAGGCAUGUUAAACGGUGCAAUGACUCGUGCAACUUGUCUUGCAUGAAAAGUUGCACCGUGUAACAGGGCCUUAACUAAACUUGCUAUGCAAACUGCCCACGUUUAUUUACACUAAUUGUGGUUUCAUUGUCAUGCUAAUCAGAAUGGCAUUAUUUCCUACCUGUCUGAACAUUAUUUGACUGCAUGAGAAGACCCAUAUUCUCCAAAAGUGUAAAAUAAACAUUGAACCAUUUCAUACCAAGUUAAGUUGGUCUGUUAAUUUUAAAAACCAUCUAGAUCAUAAUUAUAGUACAGUUCCACAAAUCUGAGCAUGCCAUUCGCCCGUCUGUUUUGGCCUGGUACAAUUUAUAAAUGAAGAAAUAGAUUAUUGUCAGGCAUAAGUUACAUAGGAAUAAGUUACACCUACAGUAUACAGUAUACAGUAUACAGUAUACAUGCAGUAUACAUGUACACUUUAAGACACUUUGAUGAGUGUGUCUUAUGCCUGCAGAUAUGUGAAAAGAGUAAAAGUACUCUGCCGUAAGUCGUGGAUUUUCUCCGGGUACCGUCCAUGUGCAGUUUCCUCCCACAGGGAAAGUUGACAGGGUGGGUUAAACACAUAGGUCAGGGGGCAGAUCAUUAAUGAGUUAUGGACUAAUAGCGGCUCUACCUCGAUCUGCUUCACGUCAGUUCCGGGUUUGUCUAUCUGAAAAACCCUGAUAAGGGAGUGUGCUGUGCAAUAUGUAUAUAUCUGUAUCUAUACGAAAAACGGCGUGCUCAAAUCUCAUCCAAACUAACACAAAGGAUAUAAGUAAGCUUUGUAUGGAGGUAAAUGAAUUUUAUUUCUCAAUUUAAGACAAUAUUCUAGCAAUUAUUUGAGUUCCAGAAUAAUUAUAUAUUUUUAACGACUUAUUAUUCCAUUCAAUUGCUGACGUUUCUGACAUCCAAAUUUCGAAUUAGUGAUCGCCUAAAUGUCAGUGACUCCAGACGAAGGGCCUUCGUGCUCGAUACGUCGAAAUUCUCCUUAUAUUUUCCAUGUAGUUGCAUCCCUACCAACGAAAGCUUGUUCAUAAAUGUCAAGCCCUGUUCAAGUCUUUUCCAGUUGUCGAAACUAGUUUCACCACUGAAAGCUCAACAUUCAAUGACGUUUUUAAAACCAACCGAUAAAUUAAAAAAAAUAUUUUCAUUCAAUAAAAUUGUUACAUCCAAAGCAUUGCCCUUCUUCACGUUCGCGCUUUCCACUUCUCGUCAUGCAACCUUUAUUCAACAAGCCUCAAAUAAAUUCUCACUUCCUGCAUGGACACAAAUUGCCCGCGAUCACGGCUAGGCAUGUAGAUCACGUCUAGCUCACGGCACAAAAAUCCGUCAUUUCACAUUUCACGAGAACAAAUAUUGGCAAUAAAUGGUUCACGCUAUAUAUACCCUUUACCACCCUCUAAAAUCCGACAUCUGUCUUUUUUCUUUUCAGUUGAUCGAGAACAGGCUGCAAAAGAACAUCAAAGAUUGAUGGCCAGACUGAGACGGACAAAAAGAGCAUCAGAUGGUCAGAGUAAGUAUAUCGUAACAAUUACCACAAUUCAGUCGAUUCAGUUAGCCUUAAGGAAUUCAGACAAGGAAAACCGUGCAUGGGAUCAUGGGUUCUGUGAACAUUUGUCUGAGCAAGAAGAUUAAAGGUUCAUCAAUGUUUAGUCUGACAGGUUCUACUUAGCUACACCUGCUCACCUUUGAUAUAAUGUAUUUUGUCAUGAUAUUAAUCUUGGCAGAUUGAAAUUUGUUUCACUAAAUUCAAAUUGCAUGUAUAGUAGAGUGAGUUGUUUUCGAUGUAUCUUAAAGUAUGAAAUCCCAGAAAUACUCGUAAAUAGUUCUACACUGUAUAUUUUUUGUUUAUAUAUAUCAUUCUAAGAUUAACUUUAUUUCCAUGUGUCUGUAUACGUGAUGUGUUCUUUAAUUCUAUUUACCUUUCCAUCAACAUCGGCAAAUCUUUGCAAAGUCGUACAUUGUUCAUGUGCAUGAGUUGAAAUUGAAAACUGUUUUCAAGCAAUUCAACAUCUGUAUCUGAAAUUCCUCACAGAAACGUCACCUGUAUGAAAAAAUAGUCAAAACGAAAGUAAUUGACAAGCUGUCACUUCCUCAAUAAUUGACAAGCUGCACGUCAUUUUAUAAUGCAUUUUAAUAUUUCAGCUACCAUUGUUCAAGUGAAUUUGACCAUAACAGAUAAAACGUUUCAAAAGACGUUGUACAAUCAAACCUCCAGUGAUUAUAUGGACAUCACAAGAAAACUAACAGUUGAGGUAAAUCACAUUAUUUACGUUCACAAAUUGCGGAUCUCGGAAGCACUAAGGAACGCAAAUGACACUAUACCACGCGCUCGUAUAGCUUGAACUGGAAAUUAUAAACCUAAAUUAUAAAACAGGGAUGCACACAAUGGACCAUUUGCAUUAUAGACUAAAUUUUGAUCUCGACAAAAUUUUCAUCACAGCUUGAAAGAGCAUCACAAAAUUAGUAAUAUUCCAAAGUUUCGUUGCGAAAUGUUGUAAAAUGCGGAUAAUAUAGCCUUGCGAAGUUUGCCGUUUUUCAGUCAUUUUGUAUUACGCACGGGAAAUUGACAGCCCAAUCAGGUGUUGGGGCAUCAAUUUCCCGUUUGUAAUACAAAAUGACUGAAAAUUGCAAAUUUCGCAAGGCUAUAUUAUCCACAUUUUACAACAUUUCGCAACGAAACUUUGGAAUAUUACUAAUUUUGUGAUGCUCUUUCAAGCUGUGAUGAAAUUUUUGUCUAGAUCAAAAUUUAGUCUAUAAUGCAAAUGGUCCAUUGCCAUUUUCGCUUUCUUUUUGGGAAAAUGGUCUUAUGGCUACUCCAUUUUAAAAUACCACCUAUAUCUUCAGAAUCCCUCUGGAUGGGGAAGAAAUUUACCUUACCAAAAUUGAAGCAAGGAACAUUCAUACUAUCAUGCAUUUCCUUUAUAGAUCAACAAAAUUUUCAAUGGGAUGGGUACGUACAAAGGGGUGAAUGACUUUAGUUACAGGUACGGUUAUCUUGACAUAUACUUGCUACGAGAAUAUUCAAAAACCUAUAUAUAAAUAGAUACUGUAGAUCGGAUUUUGGUAUGCAAAUUUAACUAAUUGCCCAUUUCAAUGUUUAUUUACACUUUUUGAGAUCAGAAAUGUAAUAUUGGUUUCAUUGUACUGCUAUAAUCAGAAUACAUUGUUUCAUGCCUGAAUAUCAUUGAUUUAACUGAAUAGAUCCCAUCUUUCAAAAGUGUACUAAUAAAACGUGAAAUGGGUUAAUUGCAUACCAAAUUAGUUUACUGCAUGUAUAGACUCUAUAUCCACCUGGGUCUCCAUGCCCUCUUGGAUCUUGGACAUGCAUGUUAAUUGAUUGUUGUUGUGAGGUAUGUAGUAUCUUAUCUAAUAAAUAACAUAAUUUUUAAAACAUAGCACUAAUUGUGGUUAUCCAAACGAGCACGGUCAGUCAGAAGCUGCGUUGACUGAGCUCGGCUGGAAAACAAUUGACGAACGACGACUAGUACGUAGCCCAGACUCGUGCAUGUCUAAGAUUAUUCAUGGUUUUCAGCUUCUGCGUUGCUUGCUGAAAUAUUUUCCAAUCCUUCAAUUGUCAGAUCUCAUGACUACGGCUUACGAAAUUCUGACAUGAAGCUAAAUCUUCCUCUUCCUAAAACGGAAUAGUUAAAAUCUUAAAUAAUUUACCAGUUGAAAUUAGAAACGCUGAGAACUUAGCAAGUUUUAAUUAACUACUUUUACGUGCAACUAGCCUGAUAUAAUUUCAUUUGAUAAUAUACUAAGUUAUGUAAUUUUAAAUUUCUAUCCUUAGGCUUAGCUUUGGAAUUAUAAAGUUUACCCGCCCCCGGCUUUGAAAUCAAUUUACAUUGAAGGGGUUAGCGUGUGUAAAUAGAGUUUACUUUAUAUUACCUUAUAGCUUAACCUAUAUUUGAUUGUGCAACACUAAUAUACAUAAUAUUGUUUUGGUUUAUGGAGGCAACAGGUUCAAAAAAAUUAAAUUCUUUGUAGGCCUGGAAGUGUGAUAGCCACCUUUCACAUCGAAACAACUGAAUCAAACCCUGUUUUAUUUGUGAAGACUAAAUUGAUCGACGGGAUCAUAGGUAACGGUACAUUUGGCAGUUUUAUGGUCGACAAGGACCUCUUGAAAGUUGGUGAAUUUAAAUUUGGUAAGUUGUUCAUCCUAGCAAGGGCCCAUGAAGGAAGGUCAAGUCACAUAUAGCGGUUUUAUUGUUCAUGCGAAUUGAUUAAGCAAAUGAUUAAUUUAAUAAUAAUUAUCACAUGAAAGCUGACGAAUGACUCCAAAAUGCAACGGGAAGAAAACCAUUCUUUAUAUAGAUUCCAGAGCCCAGCUCAUGAGAUCUCCAUAAUCAUAAACUGAUCAUGAUUGCUUGGUGUAUAUGUCACUUGAAUUUUGAGCUGGGGAAAUACGGAAAAUAGUAGUCGAAUUAUACAAUCCAAUCGAAGCAAUGGAUUUCAUUUCCCUGAGCUGGACUUUGCCUCCCAAAUUCCCAAUAGAUUCGAUUUCAAAUACUUGUACUGGUAAUUCAGGACUUUAUACCCUAACCCUAAGUUUAAAAUUUACUUCACACCCUGUUCAUGCCAUGGGAUCAUAGGUUUGAUAUGGAACUAAUUCCGUGAAAAGUUGAAAUCCGGACAAAAAUUGAAAGGGGGCUGUAAUAGUUGGAACAAUGAUAAACAUGCUCUUCAGGGUUGUUGUUUUUCUUCAGAACUCAUUUCAAAUUUGCUGCCAAGAAAUUUAAUUUAUCUAGAAACGCUAGAGAUUCAAAAUCUCUCUGGGGAAGCGUAUUGGCGUUCGUGUUCGAAAUUUGCAUGUGUUUCCUGUUACUCCCUUCUUCCCAUCCGAAGUCACGACCAUACCUACGUUGCUGCACACAUCUUAAUAAUCCAAUAUUUUUGUAGAAAAUGCGCACUACGGUAAAUGGGGAGAAUGGGGACAGUGCAGUAAGAGUUGCGGAACUGGUUCUCAAAGCAGAAGUCGCUCUUGUAACUCUACUGUUCCCUUGGCCUGUGCACACGAAGGCCCUGCUGUGGAAACACAAGAAUGUUAUAUUGAAUAUUGCUCAAAUGGUAUGCUCAAAGUGAUAUAUGUUCCAAUGACAAUUAUUUAUAACAAUACUUAAAUACUAAUUAUAACCUAUGUCUUUGAUAUAAUGCGUUUAACAAUUUUGCAAGUUCUAUUUACAUCGGGUAUCUUAUGUAAUCCUUUAGUUAAUUUUUAAAGAUGAUUGACACAAUUGGCCACUAUGUAGAUUCUCAUCAGCUAUGGGCUAGUUUGCCAGAAAGCCGCCUAUGUACACUUCUCUUCCUUUGUUUCUGUGUCUGCGAAUCCUAGUGGCUGAGGAAAGUCAAACUAUGAACCCUUUCUUUUAAUUAAAAUGUUACCUUUUUAUUUUAGAGUGCACUAGAGAGUUUACAGGUGAGCGUGGCAACUUCUCGUCGCCGGUCGUCGAUGGCUUGUAUCCCAGAAAUGCUGAUUGCGUCUGGACAAUCAAGGUCGACGAUAACCACACCGUUGUUGUGCAAUUUGAGGAAUUUAAUUUGGAGAAAGACAAGAAAUGCAAAUAUGACUAUGUUGCCUUUUACGACGGAGCUGUAUCGCCAGGGGAUUAUGAUCGAGCAGAGUUGUUACGUUUCUGUGGCAACAGUACGCCACCUCAUUCCUACCCAGCUUAUGGUUACCCUAUUAAUUCCUCCAGCAGUGCGAUAACUGUGCGUUUCAAGACGGAUUCGACAAAAGAACGACUGGGAUUUACAGCCAUUUGGCAUAAAGUAUUAAAAUGUGAGUGAAUAUGUUUGCAAUGUGUUCGUGGUUUUGCGUUAUCUCAGAACAUAGAAUACUUUGAAUACUCGUCAAUAUAUCAUACUUUGAUAUUAUUUGUGAUCAUUGUUACAAAUUAGGUUAAACCUACGGACCUAUUGACAUUUUAGUAUAAAAAAUAGCAGAUUAAUUUUGGUCACCAUUUUAAUUGACAGCAACAUCCUGAUCAACAUUGAGUUGUGAAUUGUUUAAAGGGCAAAACGAAUAUUACACGUGCAUGAACUGAAUACUGUUUCAUGUUUUUGUCUGAAAUUAACACGCUGCACACGCUGCAAGCAUUAUAAGUCUCCGGCAGUUCAGUUUAUCAAAAUAAUAAUCUGUGGAUAUUUCCCAUCAAAAUGAUGCGUUGUCAUAUAGUUUAUUGGUCGAAUAAUGAUCCGGUAGUGAAACCUUUGUUACUUUUUCGACGUCCCUGGCCGUCUCUAGGGACGUCGCUACCAGGGCAGUGUGGGGGUGUAAAAUAUUUGGACAAAAUAGUUAGCCAAAUAAGUGUCCCUGACUCCCUGGCCGCCGCGAAGAGGUUUAUGCAGGUGGUGUGGCUACGCAUUUGACGACGAAAAGGGCGUGGUAUCUGGGUGUAGUCAUCCCAAAUUAACUAUUCAUUUACAUGUAAUUUUAGAAUUAGACAUAUCUUUACUCUAACGAGAAUCUUGUUAGACAAUAUUGCUUUAUUUCAAGAAUAACAUGUUCCUGUGUUUUAACUAGGCAUUAACACUUAAUUUACAUUUCAAUUUGGAAAUCAUUAAUUUACCAUUAAUAUACUGUAAAUUAACCUGUUUUUAGUUUUUGAAAUAGCAUAAGUAACCGCAUGCAAAGAAAUACUGACGAAAAUCACCUGCCACCGAUGUUUGUCAGCGAGAAUCAUAAAUAUAUUUUACCUGUUAAUCUUGAUUUUAGCCAUGCCAUUUAAAAUUCCUCAAAAAAUUUUCUUCUGAAAAACUUCGUUUGCUAAUGCCAACCGACGGAUAUCUUUCAUAUCACAUCUUCAUUUGACGACCAUUUCUUUACUUGCCGAAAAAUGACAACAUGCAUAAUUUGACGACAUUUUUCAGGACAUUUGCAAUGAAUAAUUUCAAGAAGUUCCCCUUUAACUAAUCGUCCAUUUAUCGAAUAUUUUUGGUUUGGCAGGUUUGCUGAAAAAUUAUUAUCCCCCCCCCCCACACAUUCUCUUAGCGACGGUCCUGGUAAGAAGAAACCCUCUAGUAGCUAGUGGAAGAAGAAAGGAAAAAUGGAUAGAGAAAUAUGAUCUAGGGUAUAAACAUAAUAAGGAAACCCUGACAUUGAUUGAACUAAAGAAUAAAUUAACGUGUUGGGGUUUCGGAUUAGUGUAGCUAUUAAUUAGGAAUGAUAUAUAUAAAGUCGGACGUGUGGUCACAGAUUAGACUGCUUUUAUUACAGAUCAUCUUCGAAUAACUAACGUCAAGCCUCAGUAUGUUACUGCGAUGUCAUUUAUUUACAAUCCGUGGUCAAUCAUGAAGAGUGCUGCUAUACCUCUGGGUAAAGCUACUACAUGCCCAAAAAGUGGGUAAGGAAUAAUAAACUCAUUAUCAAUAUUAUAUCAUUACUAAACGUAGUAUAUGUGACAUAUAUACAACGAGUAGCUGAUCUAUAUGCGAUUAAUGCUUUAUAUUACUUAAAAGUCUCAUUAAUAAUUCACGAGGAAAAUACAAAAGAAAUGAAUGUUUAAUCAAUUUGUAAAUCGGAUAGAGAUUUGUCCUGAUUUACAUAAACUUCAGCUUUGAUUUUCUCGGGCUAGCCAAUGUUUAUUUUUAAAAUUACUUCGCCAAUGAACUCAUAAGAUGGGUUGUUUAUUAAGCACGUUUUCGGCUCAAGUUUGUAUGUCAGAUAAAGAUCGGUUGCUCAUGUUUUAACUAGUACUUAAAGGAUUCGAAGUUGUUACGGAAACCAACAAGCUUUGGCUAUUUUAAUUUGAUUGGUUAAUUUAUUAAUUUAAAUGGCCACCGGUUGUUUCACACAAUAAAACCGUAACCUUACCCACUCCUCACACCCCUCCCUAACUGAUCUCGCAGGUUGAUCCAUGGAGCAAGCGAGUAGAAGGCAAGUGGCUAAAUCACUACCACUUAGCUGCCGAGGAUAUGCUUGAAACUAGUACUACUUGAUGUCUCUAUACAGGGUGGUAAAAAACUGAACAGAUUUAAAAUUGCUCUCAAUUUCGCAAAACAGCUAUUUGUAUCCGGUUUUUUAUAUAUAUAGCCUCUUUGGGUACUUGUAAUGUAGAAUAAUGAGAAAAAUUUCUCGAGCUCAAAUUUUGUGAACCAGGGGGGGGGGGGUGUCUUUUCCAACAAACUAAAAAUGGCUUGUGCACGAAAUUUAAAAGCUUUAAUCGUAUUUUGAGUUAAUGGAUGGAAAAUUUGUUGGGUUUUUAAUUGACCAUUUGCGUAAUAGACUAAAUUUUGAUCUCAACAAAAAUUUCAUUACAGCUUGAAAGAGCAUCACAAAAUUAGUAAUAUUCCAAAGUUUCGUUGCAAAAUGUUGUAAAAUGCGGAAAAUAUAGCCUUGCGAAAUUUGCAAUUUUCAGUCAUUCUAGAUUACAAACCGGAAAUUGACAGCCUCGAAGGGUUUGGGGCUGUCAAUUUCCCGUUUGUAAUCUAAAAUGACUGAAAAUUGCAAAUUUCGCAAGGCUAUAUUUUCCGCAUUUUACAACAUUUUGCAACGAAACUUUGGAAUAUUACUAAUUUUGUGAUGCUUUUUCAAGCUGUGAUGAAAUUUUUGUUUAGACUUGUUUAGUUCAAAAUUUAGUCUAUUACGCAAAUGGUCAAUUACUUUAAUUAGUUUAAGCCCUUUAACUAUCCAUUUUUUCCUAAAAAAUCAGCCUUUCGCAUGCUUAAUUAAUGUCUUUACCUAAUUUGCAUAUUGCUGCCAUGCAAACUGGGCAAAUGCAUUAAUUAAGCAUGCAAAUUGCUGAUUUGUUAGGAAAAAUGUAAGUUUGCGUGGAUAGUUGAAGGGCUUAAACUGAAGCCAAUUGUCUGAAAUUUCGUGCAGCAAUUAAACACCCAACACAUUUUUCAUCCAUUAACUCAAAAUACGAUUAUAGCUUUUAAAUCGCGUGCGCAAGCCAUUUUUAGUUUGUCGGAAAAGACACCCCCCCCCCCCUGGUUUACAAAAUUUGUGUUCGCGAAAUUUUUUUCAUUAUUCUACAUUAUAAGUACCCAAGGAAGUCAUAUACAUAAAAAACUGGAUACUAAUAGCUGUUUUGCGAAAUUGAGAGCAAUUUCAAAUCUGUUCAGUUUUUUUUAUACACCCUGUAUAGCAAUCCGACAGAAGGAAUAAAUUAACUUAUUCGCGGACAAAUAGCCAAAGCUCGUUGGUUUUCGUGACCGGAAAAUAACCACUUCCUAAAGGAUUAGUGUCACACCAUGGCAUCGCGGGCUUUUGUUACAGUCUUUAUCUCAGUUACCCAAAAUCGAUAAAUAACGAUAAAAAUGCAUUGUUAUACUUUUUCUUCAACUAGGAGUGAUGAUAGCUGCUAUUUCCCUGGGAAACACAACGUUAUAAGCAGAAUAAUUUCUGUAUUUCUCAGCCGAGAAAUUGAAAUAACAGCAUCGGAUCCAGUGGUUAUAAAAUUUGAACAUAUAUUGGUACGUAUAUUGCAGCAUGAGCUCCACCUUUGAAUUUACUAUGUGAGUACAUUCUUAAACACGUCCGAAUUUAUCAUUAUGACAAAUUCGCGGCACAUUUUGAAUUUAUCAUAAUGAUAAAUUCACGGCAUCUAACCCCUAACACUAACCCUAACCCCAACCUAACCCAUAACCUAACCCCUAACCCCUCACCAUGCACUAACACUAUUCUAACUUUUUAAUUUUUUAAAAAAUCUCACUUUUUAAACUUUUUUUGCUUUUUUAAACUUUUUAAAACUUUUUUAAACUGUUUUUUUAAAUCUAGACACAGUCCUUCUUCUUUGUUUUUAUAAUUAGUAACGAAACAUUGGCGUUAGACGAAUGAUUUUUCCGCCAGCUUGCAGCGCGCCAAAUUUUAGGAACCCGGAAACAGGCCGGUAUAACGCUGAUCUAUAUAUAAUAUACACUCGCUUUGUUUAUUAGCUCUUGCCGUUCUGACCAAUCAGAGGGAACCUGAUAAGAAACAUGCCUAUCAAUCGUCGCACUUGGUUAUUUCAUCUUUAUAAAUAGACUUUAGAAAGAGCUCAAAUCCACGCCCUGUUUAUUGAUAGCCACGUUUUCUCCACAGUUUUGGCGCGAAACGCAAAUGAAAAGCGAGACAAGUCGACCCAAAAGCGACGUCGUCGCUCGCAUUCGUCCAGUUUUCCUUGCGAUUUCAUUUCUCAUGAGGUCGACUUGGAGCAAGUCUGCAAACAACCAUACAAAAUAGAAGUUGCAGUACGAUAUAGCCUCCUGGUGGAGGUAAUAUAAGGAGGGAAAGUUGGCAAGUGGGUCAGGGAGAUUUUCGCAGCUUUCUUCAGUUUUAUGUUUAGUGUGUCUCAAGUAGUAAACAGGCUUGUUCCAUUUAGGAUGAAACCAUGUUUCCUGAGGCAUACAUGGGUCGUAAAACAUGUGUUACCUGGGAUAACAAUUUAAAGUAAGUUACGUUUAUUAAUAUUAAGCUGCCGUGAUUUGUCUGCAUGUCAACCAGAAAAAGAAUAGAAAUUAACAAAAAAUAAAAUUACUAACCACAUAACAAAGUCCGCUUCAAUUAUUGCCACUUCGAAGUGAUUUUGCAUGACCUUAAUUUGGUGCAAUCUAUACGGAGUUCUACCUAUAGUCAGGCAGCGUCUUCCCUCUUCUUGCUAAAUAUAAAGAACGCAUGCAAUGGUUGCAUCUAACUGUGGUUACAUGUUUUCAUCUUAAGAUCGCCUCAAACUGGUGCUUGGACGAAACGUGAUUGUUUAACAUCAUUUAGUAACCUGACUCACACCGUAUGUAAAUGUCUUCAUACUGGCAUGUUUGCUGUUCUUGGUGAUAUGAAGGUGAAAUAAUGUAAUAUUUAUUCCACUUCCUUCAAUAUUUUUCGGCCUCAAUUUAACAUCUCCAGCGAUCCUCUUUUUUCUUUUCUAGUUGUUUUCUUUUUUCUUGUUUUCCAGAGUGGCACAGUGAUUGUAAUUUAGGCACACCCGCACUACAUUCCGUUUGACUCUACCAUCACCUAGGUUUCCUCCCAUAAUUGCCCCGGAUUUCUCUUAUACGAAACUCAAUCUCUAGGAAGAUCGAGCAGUUUUGAACUGAUGGAACUUUUAUUACACCCAAGAUUCUUGCCUUCUUACAAUCUCUAUACUACUAUAUUUUUAUCAACUCUUCAACCCUCCACUCGUCUUUUUUCAUUUACACCAGCUUACAUUCUUUAUUUUCAAUUUCUUAUUCAAAUACAUAUCUUACCUUUUAUUUUUCUUCUUUUCAUUUUGACUGCUUUAUGUGGUUCUAUAAGUUUCCCUUUUUCAUUUACAUUUUAUAUUCCUUUUUUAGCUCACAAUAAUUUAUAUUGGUAUACGUUAGUUUUCUUUAUAUCUAUUUAUUUAAUUGUCUACUUCCAAAUCUUCUAUUUUCUUCAUCUCUAUUUUUGAAUUUCUAGGUCUGUUUCUCUGUCGUUUUAAAAGUGCUCUUUAAUAUCAGUCUUUUGUCCUAUUUCUUAUGUUCAUCUUUUAUAUAUUAUUACUGGAAUUCGUAACGUUUUUCCACUAAUUUAAAUAAUUAUUAACGAUUAAUUCAUAUCUUUUUAUGUCAUUUUUCAGCCUCCACCAAAGGAUUUGCACAUCAAAGCAAAUAUCUAUUUAUGUUGCGCCGUAUUCCUGAUUCUUGUCAUUGCAACCAUUCAUUCUUUAGCAACAAAAGAGUAAGUAGAUAAUUAAUACUAUUAGGCUAUAUCUAUUCGUUCAAACACUCAUUAAUAAUUCAUAAGCUUAUUGGCAAAUCAUGUCAACCAUAAUAUGUCACGUGCAGUGGCUUUAAACCUGAUAAAACACUCCUAAUUAGUAUUCUUUAUAUAAGGAAUUCUAAUAAGGCUCUAUUGUAGUUGUGUCCUCAUUAUAGUUUUCUUUAUAUAAAGAAUACUAAUAGGCAGCAUAUCUAUUGAAUUUGUAGUCGUGUUUGAAGCCGUUUAACUAUUAACUCGCAGGUCGUGUUUUAUUAUGUCUAAAGCCACUCGCGCUGCGCGCUCGUGUCUUUAAACAUAAUAAAACACUCCUGCUCGUUUAUUAAACAUUACAUAAACAUCGUCCAUUCCUUAAGAAAUUUUAUACUUAAUUAAAAUUAUAUAGAAAACCUAUCAAACUAACUAGUGAUCCCAUUGACGUAGUGUACCUAUCCUUAUGUUAUCACAGGAAAACGACUACGGGAGAGCUGUUCCACUUAUUUGAAGCAAUUGGUUCUGGUUUUCUCUUGGUGAUUUUCUUAAUUGGCGCUCACGUUCCCGCUGAGAAGGUAAUAUAAGACACAAAAAUUGUUUAUACAGUUUCAUAAAUUAAGCGAAAAAGGACUAUGACCACAUGAUUCACCCUUGAUCAUGAAUAUUUGAAUAAUAUAUAUAAAUUUUCUGAAAAAAGGACUACGGAAAAAUGACCAUGUUACUGAGCAUUGUUUGCAUAAUCAUGGGCUCAGUCAAGAAUUUUCGCGUGCUUCCGUCCUCCUAAUAAGACUAAUAACGUACUUUUAACUAGGAAUUCGAACGUUUGAAAAGACAAAUUCAGAAUCGUCCAAAGAACAAUAAUAAAUAAGUUUUCCAGCUUUAUUUGUUUACCAUAUUACUGCAUUGUGAAGAUAUUCUAACGCUGGUCAUAUAUUUGUAUUGUGUAAUUUUUAUUUUCUAUUGAAAUUGAUAAAAUGUUGAUUAAACAGAUUAAGUCAUGGAAAUGCUGGAUAAAAAUUAAGGAUGAUGAUAUGUUAUUCUAGUAUUCAUGGGUGAAUCAUAUAGCCAUCCAACUUCCGGUCGUGCAAGAUAAAAAAUUUCCUGAGGAGCGAGGAUCCACUUUCUCCAGGUCUGCAUAUAGAAAUGCAAUAAUGAACAUGUAACACAACUACUUAGCGGUCCUAUUGCAACGUUCUUUCUAGGAAUUAUGCGGUUUCCUCGCCUUCUUUCUCUAUUAUUUGGUGCUUUCUCAAUUCACUUGGAUGUUGCUCACAGUACUUUGGAUGCAGAACUUCUUAAGGAGACUACUUAGUGAAAAUGUUAGACUAAGGACUAUAUACUUCGUCUUAGGAUGGGGUAGGUAUUUUAAAAUAAACAUUUUGUAUUUUUUUAAAGUGCUUUGUUUUGUAUUGCUUGUUAGUUAGCCUGAAAAUACAGACUCUCAAUAAUCUGGUAGCAAGUAUAAACUGUUGAUUUCGCAUAUUCUCCCAAGGAGCACCUUUUAAGAUUUAUUGUAAAUAUUAAUCUUUAUUAUAUUCAUUCCUAUUAUAUCUAGGUGUUCCUAUCGUUCUUGCCGGUGUUGCUGGAAAAAUAGAUAUUGAUAAAAAUGGACAUGAAGACAAUGUGUUAGUGUAAAUGUUUUAUUAUAUUGUAUUAAGACUACGAUUUCCACAUACGUAUAACACUCAAUGUUCUAGUAGAUGGCUUUUUGUAGAUGGAAUUAUCGAACGUAAAUUUCUAUACACUUUUUAGACCUAACUAGGAGCAGUUGCGGAAAAUGCUACUAUUGGAAUCCAGGGAGGAGUCGAACCUAAGGGCCUGCACCGGAAUCGCAGAUCCGCAGGUUUGAUUCCUUCCAGAGCCGGAGGGCCGAUAGUUCUACGCCAUUUUCCCGAACUGCUCCUGGUUAGGUUUAAAAAAGUGAAUAAAAAUAUACCGUUCGAAAAUCCCAUCAACAAAAUCCUCAUUUUCGAUUAGUUUUAUCGAAAGAGAUGCCCAAGAUCUCAAUGUUCUUAUUUGCCACGUUUUAUCCUUUUGUAGUUGUUGGGUUUCAAUCAGUGGCGUUGGAACUGUCUGGGGUUAUGGCGCUCCAGUGUUCGCCAUGUUUAUUGUAAGUAUAGAGUUUGGUUUAAAGUAAUUAUUAGUUUAGCCAAAACUCUAAACUAUCCUGCAAUGUUAUUUAGCUAACAGUACUCGUAGUUUUAAAUAAUGGUUGGUAAUAAAAAUGCAAAAACAUUUUCUCUCUUUUUAGGUAAACGUGAUAAUCUUGGUGUAUCUCUUACUGCCCAUGGCUAAAGCCAAAUUCUAUCAUGACAAACUGAGGUGAGCGCUUCUCCCCGCAAUACUCCAGCUAAAUUUUCAGUUACAGUUACAGUUACAGUUACAGUUACAGUCACAGUCACAGUCACAGUCACAGUCACAGUCACAGUCACAGUUACAGUUACAGUUACAGUCACAGUCACAGUCACAGUCACAGUCACAGUCACAGUCACAGUUACAGUCACAGUUACAGUCACAGUCACAGUUACAGUUACAGUUACAGUCACAGUCACAGUCACAGUCACAGUUACAGUUACAGUCACAGUUACAGUUACAGUCACAGUCACAGUCACAGUCACAGUUACAGUUACAGUUACAGUUACAGUUACAGUCACAGUCACAGUUACAGUUACAGUUACAGUUACAGUUACAGUUACAGUUACAGUUACAGUCACAGUCACAGUCACAGUCACAGUCACAGUCACAGUCACAGUCACAGUUACAGUCACAGUCACAGUCACAGUCACAGUCACAGUCACAGUCACAGUCACAGUCACAGUCACAGUCACAGUCACAGUUACAGUUACAGUCACAGUCACAGUUACAGUUACAGUCACAGUCACAGUUACAGUCACAGUUACAGUUACAGUCACAGUCACAGUCACAGUCACAGUUACAGUUACAGUCACAGUCACAGUUACAGUCACAGUCACAGUUACAGUCACAGUCACAGUCACAGUCACAGUCACAGUCAUAGUCACAGUUACAGUUACAGUUACAGUUACAGUCACAGUUACAGUUACAGUCACAGUCACAGUCACAGUUACAGUCACAGUUACAGUUACAGUCACAGUCACAGUCACAGUCACAGUCACAGUUACAGUUACAAUUCUUAUUCCAAUUCCAAUGCACAGUGGAAAAUCUCUGGUCUAAUCAGUGAAUGUAAUGAAUUUCAACUCUCUCAGUUUUCAUGUCAAGUUUUGUUGCCUUUUUAGGCCAAGAAUUGUAAAAGAAUUCCUUGUCAUGCUUUCCUUCAUCGUCACUGGGUGUUUGGCUGUUAAAGUGACCUUGGACGAUAAAUUUUCCAACCAAUACUUUUUCUGUAUAUUUCUUACACUACAGGUAAGAAACAUUACCAUUAGCAAGAAACGUUUUCCAAACAUUCCAACCUUAGGCAGACAGAAAUUAAUUGGGAGGUUUACAAGGAAAACUUUUUAUUUUGUCUCAAGAAUAUGUUCGGCAAUAAGACAUAUUCUUUGUUGGAAAUUUUUAAAAACGUUUUCAAUUGUUAAUUUUCGUUUUAAAAGGGUGAUUACCUCACCUAUAUUUUUUUUAUUUAUAUUGCUUAACUGCCGGUAAACAAAAUUUUUUUGUUUCAAAUUGAUUCUCUUAAUCAAACGCCUUUAAUCUUUCUUAAAAAAGGUUUAAGUUCAGAUCGACAGAUCGGGAUUACUAGAAAUCGGGAGCUUCCUUCUGUUUAAAUUGUGACACCUGGCUAGUUGAGUCAAUUAAUGAAAUCAUGAUUGUUUAUCUUCAAAUUUUUACAUUCAAAAUUUUAUUGUAUUCACUUCUUACUUAUACUCUAUUUUGUACUCAAUGUAAUGACUGUCAUUGUACGUGUUAAUUACUGUAUCUGUAAAUUUUUAAUGUACUAUUUAAAACAUGAGCAGCAGUGUUUUAUCAGAUAUAAAUCAGAAAUCAACUCUUGUUGUGUAUGGGUUAACGUAUUGUAGUUGAAUGAAGAACUACUUUCUACUGUUCGCAAGAGGUUCUGAAAUCAAAGAACCCACGAAUGGGAAAAUCCUUUAUCCUGUGAGACUGUUUAAAUGGGGGCUCGGGACAAUUUCCCUUUUGUCACAAUGCUACGAAUCUCUGGAAAAAACAGUUUAGACAGCACUGAUAUAGAGCUUUUUACUACAAAUAAAGUCAGUUUAUAAAACUAAUCUUAUUACCUGAUAUUUCAGGGUGCUCUAAACUACAAUGUCUGCCAUGAGGUAUGUUCUAUUGUCUUAUUUUCUAUUUGUUUUAAUUCAAAUCUCUGCUUUUGUAGUAACAGUACCCAUAUAUGCAAAUUAAUCUAGCUUGUUUCAUUGAUAAACCAGUGAAAGUCAAGUUUGAUUAAAUUCCUUUAAUUUCAUUGUGCAAUGUGAUAAGUAAGCAACAAAAUUUACAAAAAAGUUAUAUUUUUCAUUUAGUCUACAGAAUUGUUCUGGAGAAAGGAAGAGGUGAAAACUGAGGGUGAAGGUGAAAAGGAAGAGACAAAUGAAACAACAGAAAAAGUGAAAACUGAAGAAAUGGAACAGAAAGAAAAGGAAAACGUAAGAACAUAUAUGCACGUAAAACGGAUGGGUACGAUUUACCACACCUUACCUAUGCACGAGUUAAACCUGCUACUGCAAGUCAAGGCUACUACGAGAUUUGUUUAUUAAUAUUCGGAUAAGCCAUAUUCUUACACCAUCUUCCUGCGCCAUUAUUUACCGACACCUUAUAAAGCCCCAUACAGAUGAGCAUGUUUUCCUGUGACAAGUUUCCUUGACAACUUUACUUUCUCGUGUGUACGGGUCAACAAGUUUUCCUUGACACGUUUUGUUGUAGUUAUUCACUAGGUGCAUGCGUACAUGGCUACUUUGUACUACCUUAAAGUGCCUUGAACCCCAAAUAUGAAUUUUGGUGUGUAUAAUAUUCGGUCUUUUCUGAGAAGAAAUGCACUUUUAUAGUAAAACCUCAUCUCCAACAACUGUUUCAUAAGUUGACGAUAUGCAUCAUAAUAAUUGAAGGGAUUUUUCGAAUUGAAAUUUCGAGUGUGAUUUUUAUACAUUUACUAGACCUAACCAGGAGCAAUGGCAAUAGGCCCUCUGGCAGGAAUAAAACCUGCAUGCAGCCUGCGAUUUCGGUACAAAGCUCUAACCAACUGAGCUACACAGUCCAGUCGUUAAACUGUAAUCGCAAGUUCGUGUAUAUUUAUACUAACGUGAUGCCAAUGUAAGGUGUAAAGUUAAAUAUCAGGAUUUUUGGCAUGUUACUCGAUAGAACUAAUGUUGAAAGGAUUUGUCGGUGGAAAUGUCGAGUGUCAUUUUUAUACAUUUACUAGACAAAAAUCACACUCGAAAUUUACUAUAAACUAGAAAUACAUGCAUGCAGUAACCCCUCGCCAAUAUUUUCCAAACAUUAAAUUAACAUGAAGUAUUCACAAAUGGCCCACUGAACUGCAUUCUGAGCAUCCAAAUUUGCUCUAAAAUUUAUGCUAACUAUACUUGUAUUUGAAAUAAAAGAAGGAAAAAUGCACAAAAAUUAAAAAAGAAUAUUAACCGUAAUUUAUCAUUAUACUUAUUAGAGGGGGAUACCAAUGGCCGAAGGCCACGUGUGUGGGGGCAUAAUCUCCAGAAAAUUUUUCAAAUUUGAAACCUGGAAAUGCUCUUUCCUGCAUUCUGAGCAUCCUUUCCGUUUAUUUAUUUGUUAUUCUUCGCUGUUUUGUUGGUAUAAAUUUAGGAAAAAGGGACUUUUCCUGGGGGGAUGUGAUUUCGUGGGGGGGAGCACAAGGGGUCUGGGGGCAUUCCCCCCCCUCCCCCAGCUUGUAUGUUAAAAAAGGCCCUGAAUCUUGCUCAUCCCACUCCUACAAGCAAUCAGCCGUAUUUUUGAGAUCAGUGAGGAUGACCACCCGUCGGUGAGUCACGCCCGCGAUCAUUGAUGAACUUUAGACUUCGCUAAUGCUUUCGUUUCCCUGGGUGUAAAUAGCCGGGGGAAUUAGUACCCUCGCCCCGGGCUUACGCUGGCUCGGGGAUUACGUUGGCUCGGGGAUUAUUACUAUAUAUUUGCUCAUAUUUCAUUGCAUUCUUAUUUACAGCAGCAGCAGCAGCAACCACGCAUGACCGUGAAGACGUUAAAGAACUUAAAUAUCUACAAAGAAAAUGGAGUGUUUGUUAUUGAAGCAUAAUUUUAGUAUAUACUUUUUAUAACGCAAGGCAGUAUGGCUGAAGAAUUAUGGUGUCUGUGAUGCCAACGAACUGCGAAAACUACGUUAUCACGUUAGUAACAUAAUUAGUAACUGAUUGUCCCUGACUGUAUCGAUAUAGGAUAUAGACUGUAUAGAUAUACUGUAGGACAACCGAGAACCAUUAAGGGUAAAGCUACUUGCAGAAAAGUACAAGGCCCAUUUAUGCAUGAGCGCGAGCGCCAAGUAAUGGCUAACUGUUACAAAACCUUGCGUGCAUUUUAAUUUUUUAAUUUUUUGUCGAGGAUCUCCAAGGGGUUUCCAGGGAACAAGGCAUUUUCCAAUGGAAACACGGGAACAAAGCAAAAAAAGAACUGUAGGGAACAAGAAAACAUGUAUGAAAUCUUCGUGGGUAACAAGGGAACAAAGGAAAAAUUUCUGGGACACAGACCUCCUUGGGAGACCCUCUCUGUUCUUAUAUACAAGCCCCACACUCGUUCCAUAAGUUAUGAUUUGUGAUUAAGCGCUUUGGCUUUCUGGAUAAAACAUAGAGUGAUCUAUUUAGCAUUAUUGUACAGUAUCAUUGAAAAACGGAGCGGUAACUUACUGCUUCGAAAGUACGAACUUUACAGCAUGGCCGCCCAUAGCAACAGGUCAUGCUAUCCAAAUUUUUAAUCAUGAUUAGCAUUAUUCAAACCUUUAGAAAUGUUUUGUUAGAUGCAGGUGUAUUAGCAUAGCAUGACCAGUUGCCAUGGCUACAAUAUUUGACAUUACUGUUUGAGACUAUUUUCCCCUACAGAAAAUUCGCAUAUUUUUUAUGCCGAUAAACUCCAUGUUGAAUCAUGUUGCCCAUCUUACGCCCCCGCUCCCCCAACUCAAUGUUGAGCUCGUGUCAUGGUAUUUUACCAAAAGUUGUUUCGGCGUUGUUUACAACAUUGAACUGGGGGGGGGG